AUGGAUUCACCUACACUAACCGAACAAGAAGUGAACGAUAUCUAUACAUGGGUAGACAUAAUCCCACUCUCAAGGCCAAAAAAAAAUAUAGGAAGAGAUUUUGCAGAUGGUGUAUUAAUGGCUGAAAUUGUACAUCAUUACUUUCCUAAGUUGGUUGAAUUGCAUAACUAUUCAUAAGCCAAUUCAACAUAAACAAAAUAAUACAAUUGGAGCACACUAAAUACCAAAGUGCUAAAAAAAUUAGGGUUUCAAUUAGCAUAAAAGGAUAUUGAUUCAGUAAUCCAGGUUGAAGAUAGAGCAAUCGAACGUGUUUUAAAAAUAGUUUAAGAAAAAAUAAAAUACUUCAAGGAAAAUGAAUCUCAAUUACCGGAAACGUAAAAAUCUCCAAGUCAUCAUAAUUCAGACCAACUCUAACAAUCAAUGACAAAUGAGAAAGACUAAUUAAUUUAAGAGUAGAGAGAAACUAUUGGAAUACUCGAGCUUAAGAUUACAAAACUAGAAUAAUUAGUGAAAUUGAAGGAUAGUAAAAUACAAACACUCAUGCAGAAGCUAUAACAACUAGGCUACAAAUUUUGA